CUCGAAUGCAAUCGAAAAUAUUUUUUGAUUAGUUCUUGAUUUUAAUUCUAGGUUCCAGCAUUGGAUUGCACCAUUGAUAUUGAUAAAAUACCUGGAAUGAAGUUAACCCUGAAAUCUUCUUUGAGGGAGUUCCAGAAUCUGAUGAGCGAAGGACUUGGAGAUCAUCUAGAAGUCCUUGCUUUGUUUAGGGAGAACACCCCUUUUUCUCAUUUUUUGGAUGUUGACUGUAUUCCUCCUCCUCUGUUCCUAUGGCAACUCAUUGCGAGGGAAGCCAAAAUAAUUAAAGAGGAAAGGAGAGAUGUGGCAUUUAUGGAGUUCUUGGGGUCACUGAGGAAAGACCUAGCUGGUAAGGCCAAAUCAAUUGGAAAAGGGGCCUCAUCAACCAUGUUCUAUACUUGUUUCUUGCUUCCCAUUGGGGUGCCAGCGACGACAAUCAUGGAUGAUUGUGAAGAGACUGAGGCACGCAAUCCUUCACCUAAUGAUAAGGUUUCUCCAAGACUCGGUAUUCUCCAAAUUCUUGGGGAAAUAAAUCAAGAGCAUGAGAAUCCACCUUCAACUCUUUCUGAUUCUGUUCUAAGUUUGGAGAACAUAAUGGAUGCUCAGUGACAUCAAUCUAAGCGGACGCCAACAACGAUUCUUCCUCCGGGAUCCACUUUUAAAUGGACGGUACCGCCUCGGUCAUCGGCUUGUCACUUUUCGAUUUGUGAAUCUUCCAGCGUGCACUUGGUUCCUGUUUAGUCUCCGGAACCUACUCCGGGUCCUGGAGAUUCACCGAGGUUUGUGUAUCAUAUAUCGACGGGUUACAGCGUAUGAUUGGAAAAUCCACAUCGCUUCCUCGUUUGGCUCGAGACUGGACGAAAGAACGUUAUAACCGAAGAGAUUCCUAUUAAAAAUAAAAACAUAUACUUGAACAAUUUUUUUUAGAAAGAAGAGAGAGAGAUUUGUAUUUGUAGUGUGUAUUGAAUUUUUAAGAAAUAGAUGGAACAUAU